ACCAUUGGCUAGAAUACCGUAAACGUAAGGAUAGGCUGCGUCUUCAGAGACAUAAACUCUUUCUCUCUCUCUCUCUCUCUCUCUCUUUCUUCUUAUCCUCAAGUUUCUCCUGUCAUUUUUCCCUUUGUCUCUCAUUCUUGUUGCCUUGACAUUGCCACCGUUUUGUUGACAUCUUGUAAUUUAUAGACAAAAGGAAUAUUCGUAUUGUCUUUCUAGUAAGAUUCAAUAUUGUGUGUUUUAUACGAUACAACUACAUCAAUCAUUCAUGGACUGUUACAUUUACAUUGUAACUCUUAGUGUCAAUCUGUUUCUUUUGUAAAAACUUGUUGCCUUUUAUAGUAGAAACAACUCAACAAGUUUUAUCAAAUUUUUUUUUUUUUUGGAUUCUGUUAUCAGAACUAAGAAAGCCAUGACAGAUAAGGGAGACAAACUAGUUGGAUUAAUUGACGGCGCACCUAAGGAGAGCUCCAGAAGUUCUGGAAAGAUGGGCGCUAACUCUAGGACAAGCAGGGUUUGGAUCGUUGUUGCAAUUCUCUUCAUCGCAGCGUCUAUAGCGUUAGCUGGAUAUAUUAUCUAUGUUAAAGUUGUUGAAAAACCAACUCCAAGACCUAUGACGGAAACAGAAAUGAUUCGAAGAUACCCGCUGAUGUUUCGAACACCCGGGGAGCAGGAAAUAUUUGAGAAAAACUUCUUUGAAGGAAAUUCAUUCGAAAAUCUUAAAAUGGUAGAAAAUUUGACGGAUCCAAACACGCAGUUUUGUUCCUUCAGUUGCUCGAGUUAUAGACAGAAUGUCCCAAAUCGCAAGAGAUCUAUAGGUGCGCACCUUCCAUUGAUGGAAUGGAUCACUUUGUACAAGUCUAUUCAUGCAAUGACGAAAAGGGACGUAACCACACCCCUGGGGCCUAACAUUUACCAUGGAUGCUGCAUUUCGCGCCAUUAUUUUAUAAGUCCUGACUUUGGACUCACUGUAGCUGGCAGCAACUAUACAUUGGUUCAAUACGACGAUCGCAGGCAAUAUUUCCCUUCACAAGUUUGCAAACAUGCCAAAGACUGCAAAGGUUGCGGCUGUGCUCAAGAAACAAGUCUUUUCUCAGCCAUUGUGGUCAAUCCUCAGUACCCGCACGACAGCGAUGACUCGUACACCAUGGUAGCCAUCAAGUUACCCGGAUGUUGUAAAUGUUUCAACAACUUGGCAUCGCCAUGAGGCACUUGAAUUUUCGUCAUCAUGUCGGUCGGCGGUGUAAAUAUCUCAUACAAGAGACAUCUUCGAAUCAAAGUGCACUGUAAAUUUUGUUUAAUGUUGCAAUGUUGUUGGACAUAUAUUUUAUAUUGUUGGACGGAUAGAACUGUCAUAUAAACAAUGAAACUAGUUGAUGGCUUUUCAGUUAACACAAUUGAAAGAAGUAGGUAUAGUAAAGGCCAAUCAUCGGGGCAAUCAAGGUAAACUAGACAAUGUCAAGGUCACCAAACUGAAUUUCAAGGUUAUCUUUUUACCUUUACCUUUACCUAUCCCUUAGUCUGUUGGACCGUUGGGGCACCAAGCAAGACUUGUCGACCGACUUUCUCCAUUCCUCCCUGUCUUUUGCCUUGUUUAGAGCCUCUUUUCAUGGCAGGUCUGUCUAUUCUUGUACACUGUCCUCCCAUCGCUUUCUCUGUCUGCCUCUUCUUCUUUUUUCCUGGUACUGUUCCCUGAAGGAAGGUCUCAGCGAGCCCAGAAGAUCUUGUAUCUAUACACAGAAACUCUUAGAAGAUAGUUCUAUAGUGCUAAAUUAGUUGUUUUUUUUUAAUGCACACUAAUUAACGUUUCGAAGAUUUUCAUACAUGGCAGUAAAAGUAUUUGGUGUAUCCCAUUAAAAAAUGUGUUAAUAAGCUAGAUUUGAUGCUAAGAUUAACUGCCACGCAUUGGGAUAGUGUUAAAAUUAUGGCUUAAUUUUUUUAAAAAUUUAGUUGGUACCAGAGUAGAUCAAUAUGUCAUUGAAAGCUAUUCUAAUUCUUGCAAAAAGCUGAAUGGAAAGAAGGCAGCUUGUAAACAGAUCAUGUGUGGUGCCCCAUAGCAGCCCCCAAUGAUCUAAAAGACUAAGUGUCAUGUUUAUCAGGACGUUUUAAAACACGUUCCCAUAAUUCAUUGCCACCAUAAAGUAUUGGAUUGAGCUCAUCGCAGUGGCGUAGCUAGGGUGGGGGGAGGAGGGGGGAGAAUUUGAAAAUCCCCCCCCCCGGGCCCCUACUUGAGAGGGGACCCAAAUGAGUGUUUUUUACAUUAAAAAUUAAAUAUAUCGCAAAAUGCAGGGGCCCCAAAGAGGUCAAACCCCCCGGGCCCCCAAACGAUGGAAAAUUCCUAGCUACGCCCCUGGUUCAUCGCGACAGAAGGCUCAAAUAGAUUUGUAUUACAUGUUACAUUCCAUGUUGACUAUGCUAGAAUUGAAUGGUGUGAAAGCUAUUUUAGUUUAGACGUGACGCCGAUUCGUCCCACUGUGUUUAUUAGUUUCAGAUACACAUUGUAUGUUUCUUAACAUCCUGAAACAUUAUGAUAUCUACUGUAUGAACGUUGUGUUUAGUUUGUUACUUUGUGUGUGGUGUGUGAAUGCAGUGCGGGCGUUGUGCGGGUGUGUUUUUUUUAUGACAAGGCAAUAAACAAAUGUAUUUUUUUAAAUAUAA